ACGUGGUGUCCUUGGUCGUAGCAGUGAAUAAGUAUCGAGAUGAGUAUGGAAGGGAAGAAACAGUUUAAAUUCCGUUCCUUCAAUGAGCAGAUCUCAAGUAUAAGGAUAGACGUGGUUCACAGAGUUGACCAUUCAUCAGCAUCACUCUCUACUAACAUAACUUCAGACGAGCACUCAUUUUUUCAUGAGUCUCUACUGAAAUGGAGGGAAUUGAAUUGUUCUAACCCUUUUAUUGAAUUUUAUGACGAGGUUUUUGAAAAGACUCAGUCUCUUCCAUUGCUAGUGCACCACAAGGAGUUUGUUAUUGAAAGAUUAAAGUCUCAUCUUCAAAACAAGGACACUCUUGAAUUAGAAUCCUUAUUGGAUUUAUUGGUCCAGCUGGCUAAAGACUUACAAAACGAUUUCUAUCCAUAUUUUGGACAGUUAUUCACUACACUGGUCUCCCUAUGUCAUUUACCAGACGCCAAGUCAAUAGAACAAGUAUUCACCUGCUUGGCUUAUCUUUUUAAGUAUCUGUGGCGACAGAUGCUUCAUGAUAUCACAAACGUAUUUCAGCUUUAUUCUAAGCUUCUCUUGUCAUGGCAGAAAGAUUACAUACGGCAGUUUGCUGUUGAGAGUUUCGGAUUUCUAUUGAGAAAAGUCCGUAAUGUUGAAGGCCUCUGUGUUCUAAUGCUACAGUCAGUUGCCAAUGAAGAACAGUUAUCUGAUGGUAUGGGGCAGCUGCUUUUCGAAGUUUGCAAAGGAAUUCAAAAACAGUUUCACUCUUGUACUGAGAAAUUUUUAUCUGUACUGUAUAGUAAAGCUGCUGAGUUCAGUGACAAUGAAAAUGUCCUCCAAAUGUUACGUAAAAUGUGUCAGCUGCAAGCUGAGCAUACGAGAUGCGACUUCUCUCUACCCAUUUGGAAUCCAUUAAUUACUGCUGUAGAGGAUACAAGGAAGCAAUGGUCAUCAAAAUCACAGCCUGAUUGUCUGUCACUACAUUUGAGUAAUCUUCUUCAUUUAAUUGGAAUACUCGUAUCAUGGAGGGAAGGGACAAGAGUACCACAUUUUAUCAAUAACAGACUACACAAGUUUGUUAUUGAUCUGGUACGAGACUCGGCCCUCCCAGCUGAUGCCCACUUGCCCUCUGUGACUCUUCACUUGAUUGCCUCUCUCUUGUUGGUUUCGCAAUCUUUUGACCAUACCCACAAAGAGAUACUUCAUAGCGUGUUUGAUGGGUGGAGCUGCAUUGAUCAUGUGAUUGAGUUUGUGUGGGAGCUUCUUAGUAACGGAUACACACACUUUGAUAAAGUAAUUUUAAAAGAUUGUUUGAAUUAUUGUGAAAAGAUGGCUGGAGCUGAUGAAGAGAAUUGGGAAAGACUAGUUGUAUUUUUAACGAAACUAACUCUACACUUUCAUCCCUCCCCUCUCCCUCCCUCCUCCUCCUCCCCUUCUCUCUCUUUUCUUUCAAGUAACAGUAAAGUGGUGUUCAUGUUUUCUAAAUUAUUGACCGGAGAGAUAAAGAAGACGUCUAAAGGUGGGAGAGUAAUAGGAGGAGGAGAAUUGGACACCAGUUUGAUGUGGUCCAUUAUGAAAUGUCUUCAAUAUUUAGAGAUUAUACCGUCCGAUUUAAUUAAAUUGAUGAAGAGGCUGUUACUGUGGAUACAUGACAGGCUCUCCUCUGGUGGAUGUAAUGAGGAUUAUUUAUUGUUGAUUUCACAGACCAUCAUGACAGCUGUAUUUAUGAGGAACGACCUCAUUAAUCCUGAAUUACCAUUACUAGCCAUUAAUGCUUAUCCCAGCAGUCUUCCUGUGUUACAGUGUGUUCUUUAUUAUUACAAGCACAUCAAUGAUGAAAGGAGUCCACAGCUAAUGGACCUGCUCCCUUUACUCAAGACUAACCUCACUUCUCCCAGUGGAGCAAUUAGAACCACCACUCUUCAAAUAUUGAAUUCCUGUUCAUUUACUCCGACUGACAUUAAUGAGGGCCAACCUGUACUUAGUUUAUUGCAGUUUUGUUUGGAAGCAGAGACUGUACAAUCAUCACUCGAGACAUAUCGUAAUAAACUUGUUUGUCUCUCAAAGUUAAAGUAUUCGUCCAAUCUCUUCAGCUCAUUGUCCAAUGACAUUAUUGAGGUGCCUUUGAGAUUUCUUCUUGGCCAGUUGUACAUUAAUUUUACUUUAAUAUGGGAUCCAGUCAUUGACCUUAUAAGUUCUUAUGCAUCAUCUUCUGAAAUAAUUGAAUUGUUUUGGAGUACAUUUAGUGAAAUCCUUCAAUAUUCAUCAAGUAAAGUCCUUGAUGACAAAAAUGACAAUAAAGUCUCUCCAACAAGUGACACACAUAGUAAUUUGUCGUGUUUGAAUGUACACGAUGUUUUUGAGAGUGUUGCAAUGGAAAUGAAAAGCUCAGAAUGGGGAUGUCCCGAUCACUGGAACUAUCGUCGGUUGCUAUGGAGAUCCAUGGAGAAGUUCCCUAAAGUUGCAGAGAGGAAAUCACGAGUGAUCGUUCCUCUAUUGCUAAAUUUUAUUGAUGAAGAGUAUGGACUGAGUGAUGAUACAUUUAUCAAGACACAAGACAUUAGUAAAACUGCACCUUCUACUGGAGUAGAAGAGGGAGAAGAAGAAGGAGAAGAUGAGAGUGAAAAAGAUGAAGUUUCUGUUAGUAAGAUAAAGUCUCCUUACCCUGAUAGAGGUAAGAGGGUUAAUAAAGAGGGUAAGAAGAUCAUUGACAGUCACAAUGGAUUGAACAAAACACUGUUGUCCAUGUUAUCAUUAAUGUCAAAAUUAACUAAUCAUCGUGGACUAUACUGUAAUGACCACUUGCUGUCUCUAUAUAUGAAACUGUUGAUGAGCCCUGAGGUAAAGAUACAGAAACUGUCUCUCUCUUGUUUGAAGAAUUACAAAAAGCCAUAUCUCAAUCCUUACUGUGAAAAUUUGGAGUUGCUGUUGGAGGAGAAGUCAUUCAGAGAGCAGCUGUUGUUGCUAAAUUUCUCAAGCAAGGAUACUAUUGUUGCUGAAGAUCAUGUUGAAGGACUCAUUCCCAUUCUGCUCCGUCUGCUGUACGGUUUAAUGAGAAGCUCAUCAAAAGUCAAUGGGAGCUCGUCAAAAAAGAAUUCAAUACUUCGUUUUGUGUCAUCAUGUGGAGAGAGAGAGAUCAAAGAAAUGGUUGAGAUAAUGACCUCAUCUUUAUCACACUUUAAUGUAUCUGAAGGCUCUAACUCGCUCUCUCCAUUAUCUGUUGUGCCUCUUAGAAGACAGCAUGGCUUCCUUCAAGAGAUGAGACAGUUACUAACUGUCGUUACUACUCAACUAAAACCACACCUGCCAAAACUCCUCCCUCUAUUCUUUUCUCUCUCUAAAUCGUCCAAUGAGAUAUUAAACACUAAACUUAGAGAACAAGUUGAAACUAAAUUCAUUAAUUCUUUAAAGACAAUACGUCACUUACUUAUUUCAUUAAUGACUGAUCUCCUAGACAUGUUUUAUUAUGUUGACUUGUCUCCUUACGUCUCUGACUUACUGUCUUGUGUCGUGUGGCCUCAAUUAGUGAGGCUCCAUCAAGAAUGCCUCCAGCAUCCCACUCCAUUACUUAAACUCCUACUAGUCUGUUCACAGCAUCAUGAAUUAUACUCCAUAUUUAGAGCUCCUGUUCCUACUAAUAUCAACCUUUCUCUCUCUUCAAGCCAGAGCUCUCCCAUCCUCCAUUUUGUCUUUAAGUGUUUGUCCAACGAAACUGUCUCUCUUACUGUUUCUCAGACCAUUUUACAACUUACUCUUAAUCUUCUUAAACCUUUAAAAGAGGAAGAAGAGGAGGAGGAGGAGGAAGAAGAAGAAAGUAUGGAGGUUGUAUCUGAACCGUUUGAGCUUGGCUUGACUUUACUGCGUCCUUUUAUACCAAGUCUUCUUUCUUAUUUAAGCUCUGUUAUUAGAGAGAAGGGAAUUAAAGAGGGAAAAGUCCAGCUGGAGUUUAAGCUGCUCUCAAUGAUUUGUGGUCAUGUGACUGAGAAAAGUGAGGCAGAGAUGUUAAUAGACUUGCUUUUACCAUUGCUUUCUAACAAAUUAAAGAGGGAGUGUGACUCAAUUUUAACAAGUGUUCUCAAUUUGAUUGGGUUUUCAUUCAAUAUUGAGAAAUUUUACAGUCCACUAUCUAAGCUAUUUUCUACAUUAUACAAGAGGAAAAGUAGACAAUUAUUAUGCAAUAUAUUUUUGGAGUUAGCUAAGAAAGAUGAGAGCCUUGGGCAAAUAUCUUUAGUUAUUGCAAAGAUAAAUUUGUGGGAGCCCACUCAAAUUGAAGAGCCAGAUUAUGAAAAGCGACAGGAGGGAUUUGCAGAAGGUAGAGAUUUUAUAGCAGCCCUUGAUCUCUCAAGCAACAAGAAAGACUCUCAAUUAGUAUUGCCAAUAUUGCAUAAUGCAUUAUUCUUCAUUCAUGAGUCUGGUGACCUUUCUAUAAGAGACGGUGCUAGCAGCUUAUUGUCAGCCAUCAUUGCAGCUGUGCCUUCAGAACGUUCUGUAUCUUUUGAUGUACUCAUAAUGAGUACUAUUAUACCAAGUUUAAAGACUGGACUAAGAGCUAAGAAAGAAUCUACAAUAUCAGAGUUUAUAGAUGUACUCUCUCAGUUGGUAAACUCUUAUCCAAGUCGCUUCUCUGAGCUCAGUCCUCUCUCUCAUUCUGAUCCUGAGGUGGACUUCUUUAAAAACGUUUGUCACAUUCAGCUCCAUCGACGCACUAAAGCCUACAGGAAACUAGCAGGAGUUUGCACUCACGGCAAUCUUUCUCAGAACACAAUGACAUCCUAUCUCUUACCUUUAGCUAGUCACAUUGUGUUUUCUCCUCUCUCUUCUCGGGAGACCAACAUGCUUCAAGAAGCUGUUAAUGUCAUUGCGGCCAUUGCCUCUAAGCUUUCUUGGUCCAAUUAUUAUAAUUUAUUGAGGCAUUAUUUGCAUCAACUCCCGAAAAAUUUGGAAAUACAUCGACAGAUUAUUAGAGUUGUGGUGGCCAUAUUGGACCAGUUUCAUUUCUUUGUAUCUCCUACUGAUGCUCCUCUUACUGAGAGUCAAUCAAUGGCUGAGCCUUGCAGUAGUGAACUGAUUAGUAAAGAAGUUGGAGAAGGAAUGGAGACUGAAGAUGAAGAUGCCAGAAAUAUAUCUAAUCAUAUUCACAAAGCUAUUGUCACUAUUAUAUUACCAAGUCUUCAGUCAGUACUCACUCUACAGUCGGAGAUCCCUCAGCACAGAUUAAGUCACAAAGAGAACAACUUUGAUUCAGAGAAGUUGAGGGUACCAGUUGCUAUGGCAAUGACGAAACUCCUCCUCCUACUCCCGAAACCGUCAAUCCAGCUCCAUCUAUCCAGCUUGCUUCUUAAGGUAUGCCAGACUCUGAGGAGUAGAGCUGAGGAUGUGAGGUCUCUUGCUAGAACUACGCUACUUAAAAUGUUGCAAUCGCUUGGCGGGUCUUAUCUCAGUGACACUCUGCGGGAGCUUAGAGACUCACUCACUCGUGGAUACCAGCUACAUGUGUUGAGUUUCACUGUUCAUCAUUUGCUUCAUGGAUUAGCUUCAUCAACUCUAGUAGUAGGAGACUUGGACUCUUGUCUCCACCACUUUAAUGAAAUUCUCAUUCCUGAUCUGUUUGGGCAUCAGUCUGAAGAGAGAGAGGUUGAUAAACUCAUAAAUAAAAUACCAGAAGGCAAGAAGUGCAAGAGCUCGCAUACUUAUGGUCUGGUAGCACGCUACCUCUCUCCUCCUCUCUUGCCCUCUCUAAUACAACCACUCAAAGAAGUAAUAGAGAGUAGUCCCAGCUCUAAAACAGCAUCUAUAGUGGAGGAUGUUCUCAAGAGACUGGUCUAUGGUAUAUUAAGCAACAAAGCCUUCACUCCUAAGACUCUGUUGCUGUUUAUACAUGGAACAAUCAAUAGAACUAUACCUCAACUUCAAGCAAAACCAAAGGCUCCUUCUACUGAUGGCACUGUUUGGGACAUUAAAGACUCGCGUUUAUUACCUCCUAAACCUUCUCGUUCUAAGCCACGUCCAGUUUAUGAAGGAGACAUGGGGGCCCACCUCAUCACUUUGUUUGGGUUGCAGAUUUUUGAUGUUUUCCUAAAGAAAGAGAAAUAUAAGCCAUUAUCAAAAGAGAUGCUGGAAAUGCUUGAUCCAUUCGUACCACUGCUGACUGAAGCAUUAGACUCAAGGCAUGUUAAACUUCUGUCAAAAAUAAUACAAUCUUUAAUGAGAAUCAUGAAACUACCACUUCCAUCUUUAACACAACAAGUGUCAAUAUUAGUGAAGCAGUUAUUUGCUGUAUUGAAACACUAUGGCUACCUUGGCUCGGUCUGCAGUGACAGUAAUCAAGAAUUGGUGGCCAUUGCUUUUAAAACCAUGACUCAAGUCUUGCAGGAUUUUACAUUUUAUUCUGUUUCUGAUGAAGAGCUCAAACUGCUCCUCUCUUAUGUUGAGCAAGAUGUCCAUGACUACAGGAGACAGAGCACUGCCUUCCCUCUUCUGAAUGUUAUAUUGAAGAGAAAGCUCUUGGUUCCAGAGUUGCAUCAGGUAAUGUGGAAGCUUGCAGAGCUGGUGGUUACUGGAGAUAGUCCUAAAGUCCGAGCCAACAGCAGACAAUGUAUGUUGCAAUUUAUGCUAACUUAUAAUCUUGGUAAAAAAUUAAACAGUUAUUUGGAUUUCUUUGUUGCAAACAUUGGUUAUGAAGAGCAACAUGGUAGAGAGAGCUUAUUGGAGAUGCUUAAUCUUAUUUUUAAUAAAUUCCCUGAAAAGUCAUUGCAGUCUCAUGCAACUUAUUUCUUCAUUCCACUUUCCUCUCAAUUGUUCAAUGAUGACUCUCCUCUGUGUCGCAAAAUGAUAGCAGAAAUACUCAAGACAUUAUUAAAACGAAUUGGAAAAGAGACAAGACAUCUGAUAGUAGAAAUAAUUAAAGAUUGGUUUGCACAUGAAAAGUUAAUACACAAGCAGUUAGCUGUGCAAUCUCUCGGUAUUAUUGUUGAUAUUGAAGGAAAAGAUUUCGAGAGGCACUCCACAUUUAUUCCUCUUCUCUCCAAAUCACUCGGGCAAGACUUAAGCUCAGUUACAACAAAAUCAGAAAAGAAAGAGGAAGAGGAGGAGAGGGAGGGUGGAGAAGAUAAAAUGGAAGAGACGGCGAAUCUUGACGUAUCCUCUAUUGAUCACUACUUGUUCAGUGUCCUUGUAACUUUAGAGAAGAUAUUCACUAACUGUAGUACUGAGCACUCAAGCCACUCUAUUCAAACUAUGAUAAAUGAAAUCUUUGAGAAUGUUUUCAAUCAUUUGCUCUACCCACAUGCUUGGGUCCGCUAUGCUGCUUCAAAACUGUUUGGGAUUUUAUUUGCUUCGUGUGAUGUAGAGGCAGUAUUGGCAGUCUUGGAAGAUGAGGAUAGAGCAAUCUCUGAUAGAAGAACAUGCAUACAAUUUUUCAUAAAUGGAGGAAGAUUUGAACGAGUCAAAGAGCUACAGGAGAGGUUUAUUAAACAGCUCAAGUCUCCCAUUCUUAGCACAGAGCUCAGCAAUCAGACUGUCAAAAACCUCGUAUACAUUGGACGCAUUCUAUUUAGUCUGAGUCUCAAGGACUCUGCUGCUUCGGAUCAACUAGAAAGAUUGUUUGAUCAAAUGAAUAGGCUCUGUCGCUUUGAGACCGGCCAUUUUCCUAAAGAGUCCCACAAGAGAAGUUCAGUAUUUAGAUGGAUAGCUGCCAUAUCAACUGUCAUUGGUCGCGAGCACUUGGAUGCGUGGCUUGUUAAGCUGCUCCCUCCUUUGCAUAAAGAGAUGAAAAAUGAUAAUAAAAUCGGAGGAGAGGAGUUGCAUUCGCUUGCAGAGGAAGUGGUUGGUCAUGUUAGGGACAUUUGUGGAAAGAGUUCAUUCUCACUUGCACUAUCACAGAUCAGUCAUAAACGCAUCAAGAACAAAAUAUAAAUUAUUAUUAUUAUUAUUAUUAUUAUUAUGAGAAUGAUGAUAAAUUACUGUUUCUUUUUA